AGAAGCAAGUCAUGGGUGUCCUUGCUGCAAUGUUCUGGGUUCCUGUGGUCCUGUUCCUGGAGACACUUCUCUCAGGUUCAGAGUCUCAGGUUAUUGUCGUGACUCAACCAGCCUCAAUGUCUGUAUCCCCGGGAUCAACAGUGAAACUCCCAUGUGCUGUGAGCAGCGAUUUAAAAAUCAGCAGCGAGAGGGUGCGAUGGUAUCAGCAGAAAACGGGUACCCCAAGUUUUCUCUAUCAUUAUUAUACCAGUAGUGACCAGGGCAGGGGCUCUGGGGUCCCAGAGAGAUUCAGUGUCUCCCCUGAUUCCUCCAAGAACCUCUGGAAUCUAGUGAUCACCGGAGUUCAAGCCGAAGACGAGGCCAAUUAUUACUGCAGUACAUGGGACAACAGGCCACACGCGUUCGUCUUCGGAGGAGGGACUCACUUGACUGUCCUUGGUCAGCCAACAGUACCUCCAACAGUGAACGUCUUCCCACCAUCCCCAGAAGAACUGAAGAGCUCAGACAAAGCCACCCUGGUGUGUCUCAUAGAUGGCUUUUACCCAGGUGUUGUCCAAGUUACCUGGCAGGCUGAUGGCACCCCCAUCUCCUCUGGGGUGGAGACAACCACGCCCACCAAGCUGAAUGACAAGUACGCGGCCAGCAGCUACCUCAGCAUGAAAAAGUCCGACUGGGAAAGCUAUGAGGCAGUCAUCUGCAAAGUGACGCAUGAAGGGAAGACCGUUGAGAAGGUGGUGAGGAGAUUGGACUGUGCCUAAAGGCUGGAUGGGUCUGAUGAGUUCCUCGUGCCUCCAGCAGCUGAGAAGAAAGAGUCCUUUCAUGUUCAAGGGGGCCAAGUUUAUUCUCUGAUUUCCUCUAAUGCUACGUUGAUCCAUCCAGCCUGGUUUCCUUCCUAUGUCGUUCCCCUCCCCACACCCUCUCCCUUCCUCUUCUCCCUGGAAUCUCCUUUGUAUGUUGGCUUAUAAUGUUUGCAAAUUAAUAAAAUGUCAUACAUUUCA